CACCAACCCCCUUACCAUAGUCCCGCACCAGGUGUCGGGUCUCCGUCUCGGCGGUUCAGUCAUACUCGCCAGUAACAUCUCGAGUUCCCUGAUGCGUGGGGGAGGUGAUCACCGCUUGCAGAGGAUCAUUGCCUCGCCUACCCACAUCAGGUGACGGCGGAGGCACAGCAGAGGCCUCGCCCUGACAAUAUCCAUCGCUAAAACACCCCCGCAGCCGCUCCCACUGACUGUACGCAGAAGGAUGUGUGAUGUACUGGCGGCGGACUGGCCAUACUCACUCUUUAACAGCAUGGUGUGGGUGGCCCUAGCGGUGGUGGCGGUGGUGGCGGGGGUCGUCCUGCUGCUUCGGGCCCGCUGCGACGACAAGGACAUGCCGCCGGGACCCAAAGGCCUCCCGCUCGUCGGCAACGUGUUCGACCUGCUCAAGGAGGACUCGGUCAGGUACUUCACAAGGCUGGCGGAGGAACACGGCCCCUUCUACAGCGUGCAGCUUGGGGGUCGCCGCGUGGUGGUCCUCAGCUCAUCACACUGGCUAAAUCAGGCCUUCGUGCGGCAAGGCGAGAUGUUCAACCACCGACCCCGCGGCACCGUGCUCAGCUUCAUCAUGGGCGGGAAAGGUAUCGCCGACGCAGAGAACACGAAAUGGCGGGACAGUCGGCGCUUCACCCUGCACGUUCUGAGGGACUUCGGCCUCGGCAAGCGGUCCGUCGAGAACUACGUCAACAGGGAGCUGCAGGACUUCAUGGAGGUGACGCAGAAGAACGUGGGCCGGGCUUACAACCCCCACUACGACCUCGCUACCUCCAUCCUCAACGUUGUCUGGCAUAUGUUCGUGGGAGAGCGCUUCGAGAUGGGCGACAAGAGCCUUCGGUGGAUUGUGGACUCGCUGGAAAUGUCCCUCACGCUAGUGGAGCAGGGUGGAUUCCUCAACUACUUGCCCCUGCUGCAGUUCAUCGGCACCUUCUUCAAGCCCAAAGCGGUGAAGGUGGGUCUUAACGUUUGGCACCGACUGGACUACUUCUCAGACCUCAUCGCUAAGCACAAGGCUUCGCUGGACGACCCCGAGCGCGACAUCGACCUCAUGUACGAGUUUCUGGAGCAGCAACGCAAGGACCUCCAGCAGGGCAAGACGGACACGGUGUUUACGGACGACCAGCUCAAAUGGCUCCUGAGUGACCUGUUCAUCGUGGGCCUGGACACCACGGUCACCACGCUGCGCUGGAGCUUCCUCUCCCUCGUGAGACACCCGGAGAUGCAGCGACGCGUCUACAAGGAGGUGGAGGCGACCAUCGGGCUGGACCGACUUCCCACGUACGAGGACCGGCUCAAGAUGCCCUACACCGAGGCCUUCAUGAACGAGGUCUUCCGCUUCGGCUCCAUCACGCCCCUGGCUGUGCACGCCAACCCCGAGGAGACGACGCUGGGGGGGUACCGCAUCCCUAAGAGAACCUGGGUCAUCGGGAACAUCUACGGCAUCCACUGGGACAAGAAGCUGUGGGGCGACCCGGAGAACUUCAGACCCGAGCGAUUCCUGAACGAGGCCGGCGAGUUCGUCCGCUCCGAGCACGUGCUGCCCUUCUCUGUCGGCCGCCGAAACUGCCUUGGCGAGUCGCUGGCCAGAAUCGAAGCGUUCCUCUUCCUAACUUCGAUGCUGCAAAAGUACGAGUUCGGGGUUCCGGAGGGCCACGAGCGACCCGCGACGACCUUCCAAUGCGGCGUGACCCUCAACCCCUCUGAGUACCACGUCCUCCUCACCGAGCGAAACCCCGUCAUCAUGAACUGAGGGAGGCGAAGACGAAGGAGUAGGAGACGUGGCGGUGUGUGUGAGGUCUUGUUAUUUGUUUGACGAAGGGACGAAGGUGAAUGCCGCAAGAACGGUAACGAAGUAGAUACCAAGGGCCAGUUUUACAGUCCAGUACAGCAAGUUCGUAAGCUCCCCAACCAAACGGGGUCUUCGUGGUGCAGUGGUUCGGGCGUAGUGGAAAAAUUUGGGCGGCUUUUCCGAUUCCCUACGCCCCUGUCCACCCAGCAGUGAAUGGGUACCAGGUAUUAAUCGGGGGUUGUGUCCCGUCUCCUGGGGUCUGUUCCCUUCUCCUAUAAUUCCUUCCCCUUCUGUCUCUCUCCGGCAUAUGACCACAGAUGUUGCACCGACUAAACGAAACUUUCCAACUAUCUUUCCCCAACCAAACACAAAAUACUACGAAAAUUCCUUAUAUUGCGUUUGCGAUUGACAUAAAUAGGAUUAGAUUUUAGCAGACCACACGGGAAGUCUUUAGUAUCUGGUAUUGAGAAGAAAAACUAAUCAUUGUGGAGAUCAUAGCUUGGUUUGGCCGCUUACAAUGACGCUGUUGGACUGUGGAACUGGCCCCAAAUGGACGAACUUGCUGCGCCUUAUCGAUACUAUAUGCACGGCCGUUUCAAGAAAUUGGUUAACAAGGGGAAAGGGAUUAAGCUAGUCCAGUGUAUUUUGGUAGUUUUUAGGACGUAUAUAUAUUUGAACUUUUUUUUUGCCAUGCUUAGAAGUUAAUUAGGACAAGAAGGGGUGGGGGUUUGUUAUGCCUGUAAAAGACUUGUCGAGUACUGAGACAGACUAUUGAGUGACAGGAGUGUACAAGUUAGUUUGGUGUAUUAUGAACGUUGAAGAAUUAAGAAUCGGUGUCAAAAUACAUUAAAAAAUUAUGUAAUGUUUCGUAAAUGUGAGAUUUUCAGCAUCAUAACACCUAAAUACGAUCUUGGAGGCAUGACAAGGUGUAUUUUGAUAGUUUUUAGGACGUAUAUAUAUUUGAACUUUUUUUUUUACCAUGCUUAGAAGGUAAUUAAGACAAAAAGGGGUGGGGGUGGUUUGUUUAGUGUGUUAUGAACGUUGAAGAAUUAAGAAUCAGCGUCAAAAUACAUUAAAAAAUUAUGUAAUGCUUCGUUAAGGUGAGAUUUUCAGCAUCAUAACACCUAUAUACGACCCUGGUGGCGUGACAAGGUGCCUAGAAAUUGAUUAGGGAACGGAAGGGUGGGUAGUUUAGUGUAUAUUAAGUGUUAAGUAAUCAAGAAUCAUUAUCAGAAUCCAUCUAUAAUCAUGUAAUAUUUCGUGUGUGUGAGGGGGGGGCGGGGGGGGGGUAUAUCACCAUAGCCCCAUCUCCCUAGUAUUUUGUAUAGAGGUCAAACUACCACUAGGGUCAUUAACUACCCCAACGUUGCUCCCACUUAACGAGCAAUCGAGUAGAGAGUGAGCGAACAUUAGAGAGACUGAACGUUUCGAACUGUAAAUGGCUUAUGUUUUCGACCCUUUUCAUAUUUUUAUUUUAUUUUAGUGUAGGAUUUGCGUUUUCGUGCCAGUACUCCCACUGCCAAGGUGACGAGGGACAACCACCUCUCGCGCCAAGACCCUGCCAGGACCCGGUUUCGAAUCAGCGUUGCCAAAUUACCGUACUCAUCGCAUUUCAUUUUCGUCGUUGCUGACCGAUAACUUUAACAACAAGGAACGAAAAACAUCAAUAUUCAACAGUUUUAGCACUAACUUUGAUUUUCUCACGUUACUUGUCUAGGUACGAGAGUUUGAGGCAUAAAAAUGAUAGAUACGAUAUGUGGUUAAUACGAUAGUUUGGCAGCGUAAGUUCGAAUCCUCCUCCGUGCCGACAUGAAGCCAAACAUCUUUUUUCUUUUCUUCGUAGCGAAUAAGGAUCUCCCCGAUAAAGACUGUUAUUGUCUUCAUUAUCUUGCCUUGGAAAUGAAGAAUGGCUGUGUGUGUACGAGUAUGUGUUCCGUGUCUAUUUUUGCAAGGUUGACGAAGCUUUAAAGAUUUAUCAUGAUGUGUAACUCGGUGUGCACAAUAAAUAUGCAAGAGUAA